CUCACCACUUCACUCACUCACCAUCACCAAACCUUAAUUCCAACUCUUCUCUCUUCUUUCCACUUACAAAUUUCUUCUUUGUUCAUUAAGAAAAAACCAACUAGUAAUGGCACUUGAAGCUUUGAACUCUCCAACCACCACAACUCCACCAUCAAUUUUCCAAUUCCAAAAUAACACUAGUCAAAAUUACCUUGAAUCAUGGACCAAGGGCAAGAUCAGAUCGAAACGACCUCGUAGCUUCGUCAUGGAGGAGCAACAACCAAUAAUUAGCGAAGAUGAAGAAUACUUAGCUUUGUGUCUACUCAUGCUCGCACGCAACAGUAAGAAUAACGAUUUGUAUAAGUGUUCAGUUUGCGGUAAAUGUUUUGGAUCUUAUCAAGCUUUAGGAGGACACAAAACUAGUCACCGUAAACUAGUAGAUAAAGUCUACGAACACUCUGUAAUUACCACUAGCGUAAGUGGAAGGACUCACGAGUGCUCCGUUUGCCAUAAGACUUUUCCAACUGGACAAGCUUUGGGUGGUCACAAAAGGCGACACUAUGAAGGGAAGGUGACGUCAUCAUUAUCGUCGGACGGUGUGGGGUGCGCCAACAAAUUUGACUUGAAUAUUCCGGCAAUGUCGGAAUAUUGGCCGGGUUUUGGCUCUGACGAGGAUGACGUGGAAAGUCCUCAUCCAGCUAAGAAAUCAAGACAAUUAAUAUUUUGAGAAGUUCAAGCAUAGUAGUAAUGCUUUAAUUUAAUUAGUUGUUACAUGUCUAUUUGGGUGGACGGAAAAAGAUAUAUAUUUUUUUGUAAUUAUUGAAUACACUUGGAGAAAAUGAUUAUUUGAUUAAUUCAUUUUAUUAAACACUAAAUUAUAAAUCAAUCAUUUGCAA